AGGCGGUGCGGGGCUCGCCGGGGGAUGUCACAGCGGCUCCUCGGAGCCCCCAGCCUUCGCCGCCCCGCCGCCGUCCCCGGGAACCGCGACAAUGAACCCUCAGUGCGCCCGCUGCGGAAAAGUCGUGUAUCCCACGGAGAAAGUCAACUGCCUGGAUAAGUAUUGGCAUAAAGGAUGUUUCCAUUGUGAAGUCUGCAAGAUGGCUCUCAACAUGAACAACUACAAAGGCUAUGAAAAGAAGCCCUAUUGUAAUGCACACUACCCCAAGCAGUCCUUUACCACUGUGGCAGACACACCCGAAAAUCUUCGCCUGAAGCAGCAGAGUGAACUGCAGAGCCAGGCCUCCUCUGGUCAGACCGGCCCGCGCUUGGGUGUGUGUGGAGAGAAGCCAGCGGCUGUGCAGAGAAGGAGCGACUGCAGGAGGCCUGACCCCUGACUUACAGACUCCAGAGAGUGACUCCUAACCUUUUUUGAGUCAUGGACCCCUUUGGAAAUUUGAUGAAAACCAUUGACCUUCUCCUUUGAAAAAGAAACAAAAUCAUCAGGCGACAAGGCAUAUGUACAGAAACCUCUAGGACAG